AUGGCGCCUCUGGAUUUACCAAAUGUACCCUUUUCAGAACCCAUUCUUCCUCCUCAGCCACCUUCGUCCCCUCCUUCCAUCGCCUCCGAUGGUCGCAGGACCAGAAAGCCACCAACAGUGACGCCCCGGUCCUUUCGUCGAUUCUUCACCCCACGCUCAUUGCUCCCGACUGCCGAUAACUCGACUACUCCGACAACGAGUCGUCAGGCCUUGAGAGCCCUCACCUCGCCUGCUGUUAACCGGUUGGGACCUGCAUUUUCCCGAACCUCCAAGGCGGGCACCAGAAGCCCUCACGACGGCUUACCGGAAGACUUCAUCCGAACCCCGAGUCGAAAACGCAAAAACUCCUUCUCUUCAGUCGCAUCUCCCCCGCAAUCAUCUCCGCUGAAGCGAGUCCGAGUCCGGUCUCCAACCAGUGAACUCGAUCAUGAUAUCAGAAUACCCGACCCCGACUUCCGCCUGCGACCUGCAGAGGCUCCUAUGCCAAAACAGCCACCUCCCGUAGCUCCUGUGCGUCGCUCUCAGGCGUUGGCAACUUCAGGUGCUCUUUUCAUGCGGAGUGUGCUGGGACCGCAACGCAACAAAGUCACCUUGCGAGCAAACUCCGGAGUUGGAUGGCAAGAUCUCACCUCCGAAUUCUAUUCACAACCGGCAGACCUCCACGCUUGUUCAAGCUAUUCAUCGGAGGGGGCACCUGCUCUUCCGUUCUGCAAUGCUUCAUGCAAUACGAACUCGAUCGUUGCAGUAGGCGACGAAGAGGGCGGGAUUCGACUGUUGGAUUCGUCUAUUGAUGAGGAUGCUGGAUUCACCGAUGCAUACCUCGGAUUCCGUCCGCAUAUGAACUCGAUCAUGGACCUCGAAUUUUCUUCCGACGACAUGCUACUGGCCACCGCAUCCGGAGAUCAAACGUCUCUGGUAAUCGAUAUGACGACGCAACAACCCAUAUACUGCUUGUCAAACCACUCGUCGUCCGUGAAGCGCGUUCAGUUCCAGCCCGCUUCGAACAACAAGGUACUUGCAACUUGCAGCAGAGAUGGAAAUGUGAAUAUCUGGGAUCUUCGCUGCAAAGGAUUUGAAAGACCCGCUUUGCAAGUGCGAUGUUCGCUGGAAAGUGAGAGUGAGCCUCCAGCUUCUGCGCCGACCGCAUUGCCAAAGAUGCUGUAUCCUCACGUUUUGAAUACCAUCGGAGGUGCUCACGCCUAUACCACCUCUCAUAAACCCGCAAUGGACAAAAGCGACAUACAGCCAGUUGGUCGGACAGAUAUCACUGUGACCUCACUUGCCUUUCUCUCACCAGGUCGCGAAAACCUCUUUGUCACGGCUUCCGAGGCUAGCGCAAGUGUCAGGCUCUGGGAUAUACGAACCGCGCAUAAUAAUCGCCGCGGUCGACCCGUUGCUCCUUUGUCCACGACGCAGGAACCGGAGAGUCACCUGAAAUACCGACGAUUUGGCCUGACUUCUAUGGCAUUUGGAGGAGAUGGCUCUCGAUUGUACACUCUCUGUCGCGAUAAUACGGUCUAUACCUAUUCGACCUCACACCUAAUCCUUGGACAUGCUCCCGAGCUGUCCAUCAACAACAACCGCCCCCGUCGGACCGGUGGCUCCGACAAAGAUGGCCUCGGACCCCUUUACGGAUUCCGCCACCCUCGCCUGCAAGUCUCUUCAUUCUAUGUGAAGCUGGCCGUUCGCAAAGCCAGUCAAGACCGCCCGGAAAUGCUCGCCACCGGUAGCACCGACCACUGCCCUAUCUUGUUCCCCACCGAUGAACGAUUCCUGAGUACCCCCGUCAAAGCCCCUGUCGAACCUACACCUACCAGAACCUCACUGUUCACGAAUCGCCCCGGCCUUCGUCGGGUCAACUCUGGUAUUGGGCUGUCCGGGCGUCUGGAAGAUACUAUCCCCAUCUAUCAAUCCGGCACUCCUCUCAUUGAGGGCCACCAAAAGGAAGUGACUGGACUAUCCUGGACCCCAUCGGGAGAGCUCAUCUCCGUGAGUGAUGACUACACCGCUCGAUGCUGGCGCGAAGGGCCGGAAGCCCGAGAUCUUCGAACGGGUGGAGAAACCGAAGGUAAGCGUUGGCAGUGUGGCUGGGCUGAUAUGAAAGAUUCAAUUGACGAUGAAGACGAAUGA